UGAACGUUUAUUUCGCUCCCGUCGGGCAACGAAAACGGUCACACUUUGCUUGUUCGUUAACUUCCCCACAGAAGUGUGUGUUGUCGCAGGUCAAUCCAGUUAGUGUUUGUACGAUACCGACAAGGAAAAAGGACAUUAAAAGUAGUGCCUACAACUACAAGCUACAAAAAAAAAUACACCUGCUGUAAUUUAAUUGCUACGGUUGUACGGAAGUCCUUGAAGGCUCUUGUCGUAUUGAUCUGUGCAGUGUGAGCUUGUGUUCGUUUAUCCUCCGCGUAAAGCUCCGUUGCGUGUGCUUUGCUUGUGUUGUGAAAUAAAACCAGCAGAACGAACAAAAAAGUACAAAAAAUGUCAGCCGAUGCGGAACUAUCGUCCAUCCUGAACCGUCGCCAGCAGAUUAACGAAGCACUGGACAAUGGACAGGAGGUAAAGCCGACAUACAAAGUGGUCAACAUCUAUACCGAGUUUCACGAGUUCUCGCGCAAGGAAAUCAAGGACUACCAAGCCACCUUCAGCAAGUACGAUGUCGGCAAUGAUGGAUACCUCGAUCUGGCCGAGUUGAAGAUCAUGAUGGAAAAGCUGGGCGCUCCACAGACACAUCUCGGCCUUAAAGGCAUGAUCGCGGAGGUGGACGAAGACAAGGAUGGAAAGAUUUCGUUCCGCGAGUUUUUGCUCAUCUAUCGCAAGGCACGUGCCGGUGAGCUCAUUUCCGAUUCCGGGCUGGGCCAGUUGGCCCGCCUGACGGAGAUUAACGUGGAUGAGGUUGGUGUUGGUGGGGCGAAGAAUUUCUUCGAGGCCAAGAUCGAACAGCAGCUUCGAACGAACAAGUUCCACGACGAGAUCCGGCAGGAGCAGGAGGAACGGCGCCGCAUGGAGGAGGAGCGUAUCCUGCGACGGCAACAGUUCCAACAGCGUGCGGCCGUUUUCCAGUAGAACCUAUCAUCCAUGAAUUCAAUGUUAUUAAUUCGUGUACGUGCGUGUGUGUAUUGUAAAAAAAGGUUUAAUUUAGAGUGUGAUUAAGGGAAGAACAGAUGGGAGGGUUAUACAGUUUUAAGUCACCAGAGUCACUUUACAGAGAGUGUGUUAGGAUUUAUGCAUCAGACAAAAGGUUGUUUGUUUUUAACAAUAGUGAACCUGCUACAAUCAUCAAUAAAGGAUGAGGUUUUAAGUUGCCACUACGUUUUACUCUUUAGUUGCCACUCUAUAGCGCCAACAUAACAAGUGUCAUUUGUUGCCCUACUUCAAACGGAGAACACACGUUCCAAGCACAUUAAUGCACCUUUUGCAUCUCCUUAGACAUGCACCUUCAACACAUCCUUUAAACCUGGAAACAUGAAGAAGGAGUGACCAUAGGAAAGCAAAUACUAAGCAUAUUAUGAGCGAUCAGGGAUCCCACAGACAGCUCAAUUUGCCGUCCAGGGAGACAGGGAGGGAGAUGACAAAAGAGCCACAAAAUAAGAAAGAUAGCAUGAGGAUUUGAAGAAGAGCAGAGAAAGUAAACCCACUCCCUAGUCAUUCUUCAUCCAUUAUUGACCUAAAAUCAAACAGUAGAGACAAAGUUAGUAGAUCAAUCUAAAACAAAAACAUGCUAAUUACGAAGGACUUGAUAAUGAUGAUCGUUGUGUGACGGGACACCGUUCGUGAACCAAUCUCAGAUGGAAGAUAUAUUUUUGAUAAAGUAGAGAAUUUGUGGGAUUCGUUUUAAAAUGGGGGCAAUGCUUAGAAUGAAGAAAGGUUUAGGAUAGUGAAAAAGGGUACGGCGGCAAGGAAACCUACAAUAUUGCAUAAAUGUGUGUUUUAGAUGUUACAAACAAACUGUUACAACACAAAGGUAGAUUAUACUGUAAAUCAAGUGUUCA